AAGCAUCUCAACUCAGUUCAAAUUUGAACUGAGCUCUGUCACCCAAACACACAUGAAGCCCGAAUUUGAAAUUAUUUUAAUCCGUAAACUCAUCUUGGCUACUUUCAGCAGAGAUUCCUGAAUGCUUUGUCUUUCAACACAGUCCGUUAUAAUAACUCCUCUGACUGUCUCUCCCUCUCUCUUUCCCGUCCUUCAUCCCCAACAUUUCCAAAACUCCCAUUUCAUUCAAAACCGAGUGGAUUCCUCCAUAGCCAACAUCUUGAUCGGGCGCCAUUGUGAAGCCUAGUUGGAAUUGCAAGAAGGCAGAUCACGAAAGUAGGGCAAUCGAAUCCCACCAUCGUCCCCCAUAGUCGAGGGGUUGGAUGUUAGAUGUGUGCAGCCCCUGUUUGAACGGAAGACGUUCCCCUCGUCAAAUCCACCAUCCUUUCCAGCCCUCGUGCUCCAACAGUGGCGAAGGACCUUUGGGCUUGUCCUUCCCGUCUGAGCUCAUUGCAGCCCCUAGCGAACAUCCUUUCGGCGUGGUAAUAAACAGAACGCAUCUGCGUACGACUUGAUUCCUUCUUACAAACUGAUCUCUACUCUCAAGCAGCAAUCCAAUCAACUUUCCAUCUGCUAUUGUAAACCCGUGCCCUGCUCUGUGUUGUAUUCCUAUAUAAUGCCUGUACCGAGCUCAACUAAACCCACCACAAUUUUACUACGGAAGCAAAGCACCUCCACGGUGAAGCUUCGCAAUCGAAGGCGAGCCAUCAAGAGAUUAGUAAUCACGGCUCCGAAGACGCGCUCUUACCGGGUCCGAUCCCAGUGGAAAAAGUACAAGACCAACGGCUGUGCCAACUACGACAUCCUUUGCACGAUUUUUGGUCAGGCCGUCGCAACAGGGGUCUUGCAUUAUGCUUCAACGCAAGAACCCCCUUCUAGAGAGGAGGAGCAGCACCUGGAGGAGGAAUUGAGGGCCCGAGGUCCCGUGUUGGGUAGUGGCGUUGGAUUAGACACGACGGUUGAUUUGGAUGACAUUACCAUGACUCCAUCGACUCAAAGAGGGGUCUCACAGCGAAGGGCUCCUCGUAGGCGACGUAGGGACGCAGCCGGACCAUCAUUCUCACCAGUGCUUAGUGAUGCCAUACAGAAACUUGCCGCCACUUCUGAACAACGGCUAGAAUUGGAUGCAAAGAUGCUUGAACUUUGCAGCACCAAGCGAAGUAGAGGAGAAGGAUCGAAUAGUGGGUCAGAUGCAGGCUUUAACAGUGUAGCACAGUGUAUGAAGUUUUUGCAGGAUAUCACCCCUCCCCUACCACCGGACUUUCAUCUUCGUGCAGUAAAAGCGUUUAUGGAUCCUCAUGUCCUAAAUGUCUUCCAGAACAUGACCCCAGCGAUGAGAAUAGAUUGGGUUUGGUCACUAUCCUGACCAUACCCACUUCGGACUUGCUAUGUUUUUCUAAACUAAAUGAGAUAUUAUUUUUAUGUUUAACUUUAGUAGAUGGUGUGUGAUUUCUAACAAUCUUAUUUCGUGUUGUCUAAUUUAAGUUCAAACUUGGUAUUUGGCUUUAAAUCAUUUUGCAUUGUUAAGUUCCUGCUCUAUAUGAAUUCCUUUUAUUAUUUGGAUGACAAA